AUGACAGGAUUUCCCAACCUCCAACCGAAUGAGUCUAAGCAAAAGCCUCGUCAAAAUAGUAAUGAUAACGAAGAUGAAGCGACUCUUCUAGAUGGCUCUUCGGGCAAGCCUUCGCAUUUGGUGUACAUGCCUGGUGAGAGUCAUCUAUCACAUGAUGGUACAACUUUAUUGGAUGGAGAAGAAGGGAGUAGCUCCCUGGAUGCUAGACGAGGAGUGUCAUUCCAAAAUCAUCAGCAUAUCAAUGCGUCUUUACAACAACUCAAAUACAACGAUAACAAACUAUCUUUAGAUAGAGCAAUAAACCAAACUAUAGAACUUAUUGAGGAAAUUGUCAAGGAGAAUAAAGAGCGGCCAGUAUUUUACCCCACUGAAAUCGAAGAUGGAUCAAAAAUCUUGCUCAAUAGUGCAAAGGCACAUUUGGGUUUGGUGAGACAAAAUUCGAGCAUCAAGCAAUUAGCAAAGCAAAAGAUAAAAGAAGAUGAUAUCAACAAGGAAUUACCAGAGUUUAAAAUUCUAAAAAUUAACAUUCGUGGUGGCCAUGGAGAUGACAAUUUGGUUUCAAAUUUGGACAAGAAGUCAAUAGCAGCAUUGUUGGAGAAGAAGCUACAUGGGCAAACAAAGUACCUUCUCAACUUGAAGGAAAGGGUUGACGAUACGUCUUCGAAGGUGUUUGUCACGGGAGAUUUGAAUGCAGGAAAAUCAACUUUUUGCAAUGCCCUUUUAAGAAGAAAACUUCUCCCGGAAGACCAGCAACCAUGUACAUCUGUGUUUUGUGAAGUAAUUGAUGCUCAGAAAGAAAAUGAUGAAGUUGAGGAAGUACACGCUGUUCCUAUAGAGAAGGAAUACAAAAAGAAUGACGAAUCUACAUAUGAAGUACAUCCGCUUCUGGAGUUGGAAAACUUGGUGUACGAUUGUGACAAAUAUAAAUUGUUGAAAGUAUAUGUUCUUGAUAAUCGAUCCUUCCAGGAAAGCUUGCUCCGUAACGGGAUUAUUGACGUCAAGCUCAUUGAUGCUCCGGGAUUAAACAUGGACUCAUACCAAACAACACAAGUGUUUUCACGUCAAGAGGAAAUUGAUUUGGUUGUCUUUGUUGUUAGUGCAGAAAAUCACUUUACUUUAUCAGCAAAAGAAUUUAUUGCCGCUGCUGCCAAUGAAAAGAGAUAUGUUUUCAUUGUUGUAAAUCGGUUUGACAAUAUCAAAGAUAAGGAAAAGUGUAGAAAAAGAAUUUUGGAUCAAAUCAAAAACCUUUCGCCUGAUACAUACAAGAAUGCAAAGGAAUUCAUUCAUUUUGUUAGCUCUACUGAAAUUAAUAGUGGUGAUGGAGGCGAUGGCGGUGAUGAUGGUGAUGACGGUGAUGACGAUAAUGGAAGCAAUAACAAUCCUGACCAUCCUGACUUCGAUCUCCUUGAAGCAUCCUUGCGAAAAUUUCUUUUGGAAAAGAGGUCGAUAUCGAAAUUACUUCCAGCAAAGAGUUAUCUCCUCAAUUUGUUACAUGAUUUGCAAACUUUGAGCAAAAUUAAUGAAAAAAUGUACAACGAUGAAAGACAAGAAAAGAUGUUGGAACUCAAUAGCCUGGUUGCUCCUAAAGUCGAUGAGGUUAUUUCUAAAUCUCACAAGAUUGCCGAUACUAUAAGCUCAGUAAUAGAAGCAGCAUGCACUCAAGUGUACAAUGACACUACCAAGGAAAUGGUUUCAGUCAUUGACAAUUUAGGUGACAAGCCCGUUGUUCAAUAUGAAGGGUUGCAAUACCUCUUUGAAUAUGCAAAGGAGUCUCAAUUGGCAUUAAUGGAUGUUAUUUAUGACUCUGUGUUGAAAAGUGAGGAGUUGGCAAAACAGGUCACAGCAGCAAAAGUCGAUGAAAUAACAAAGUAUGGUAAAAACACAUUGGGCGAAGAGUUUCUCAAUGAUAAGAAAUUCAAUUCUGAGUUGAUGUUCUCCAGGGUUAAAGAUGACAUUGGAAAAAACAUUGAAGAUACUAUUGAAGUUUCUGACUUUUUUGAUCCAUCUAUUGAUUCAUUUUUGGUAUUUGUUGGAUUGCCUGAGAAUUAUGUAAAAGCUACAAAGCAUCAAAUUUCAUACUUUAACCCAAUUUCUGUCAUCACAGCAAUACCAUCAAACGCAGUUGCGUUGAAAGAGCAAUUACCAACACAAUUGACAUUGCACACAAUAUAUUCAUCUGGUAAGCUUCUAACCACGGGUGCGUUGAUUAAUCGUUUGUAUCACUUCAGCAAUUAUGUUACACCCAACACAAUCAAGAGAGUUGCAGCACCUGUACUUAUUUGUGUUUCAGGUAUUGCAAUAUACUACCUCAUUAGUGAUAUUCCAAAUGCUUUAUCAAGAAAACAAGCUAAGAAGAUAAAAAAGAAGAUUCAGGAGAUGAAUUAUGUUCACAACAAUUCAGCACGUAUUUCUGGUGAAUGUCGACAAGUUUUGAAUUAUCCGUCAAGACAAGUAAUGAAUAAUUUCCAAACCAGUAUCGACAAGAAUUUGUCUCAGAAGAAGAAAUUGGAAUCAUAUAUCAAAGACGCUGAAAUUAGUUCAGGAUUCUUCAAGCAAUUGUUGACAAAGAUUAAUGAUCAACAAAGAAUCUUGAAAGAAAUUGAUUUGGAAAGUCUCAACUACGUUGAUUGA